CCAGAUAACCACCACACUCCAGAUAGAAUUGACCUAUAAUACGAACACGAUACUGUAAAUAGUAAAAUGAUAAUUCUAUACUAUCUAUUUGCGAGUGUUGCUGUGAGUUUAGUAUUCCCUACAAACAGUGCAAGGAUCCUAGGAGUAUUUCCAACACCCUCCGUGAGUCAUCAGGUAGUGUUUAGACCUUUGACUCAAGAGCUAGCUAAGAGAGGACAUGACCUGGUCAUCCUCACAACAGAUCCAGCUUUCAAACCUGGAGAGACCCCAGCGAAUAUCAGAGAAAUUGACCUACAUGAUGAGUCCUACCGAAUCUGGAGAACAGAAGUCCUCAACACUGUCGACGGAAAAACUGAUGAUCCAAUUACCCUCAUUGAGCUGGCAAUAAAAAUAAAUGCAAAGUUAAUCGAAAAACAAAUCGAAACAAAAGAAGUGCAAGAGUUGAUAAAGAGCAAAACGAAAUUCGACCUGAUUUUGGUUGAAGCGUGUGCCAGGCCUGCCCUGAUCAUGUCCCAUGUGUUCAAAGCACCGGUUAUACAGGUCAGUUCUUUCAUGGCUGUGCCACCGAAUUACCAGGUCUUUGGGUCACCAGCUCAUCCUAUAUUGUAUCCGGAAUGGACACGGAAUAAGAUCUACAACUUGACAGUUUGGGAGAAAAUUUCAGGAGCGUACGAUGACCUUCGAAUUCACUACAUUUGGAGGCGAAAUGAGGAUUUCGAAAACGAGAUGAUUAAAAGGCAGUUCGGCCCUGAAGCCCCGACCGUGGCUGAACUGGCUGAUAAUGUGGAUAUGUUGUUUUUGAACGUACAUCCUAUUUGGGAGGGGAACCGAGCGGUGCCUCCGAAUGUGAUACAUAUGGGAGGUCUACCGCAAAAACCUCAUAAGGAGCUGCCAGAGGAUCUGAAGCAACUGCUGGACAAUUCAAAGCACGGUGUCAUAUACAUGAGCUUCGGCACCAAUGUGAUUCCCUCGCAGCUGCCUCCUGAGAGAAUUCAGGUGUUCUGCAAAGUAUUCAGCCGGCUGCCCUACGACGUGAUCUGGAAGUGGGACCAGGAUGAGCUCCCGGGCCGGCCCGGCAACGUCAGGAUCUACAAAUGGGUGCCGCAGUCAGAUGUGCUCAGGCAUCCAAACGUAAAACUCUUCAUCACACAAGGUGGCUUGCAGUCCACGGACGAGGCGAUAUCGGCCGCAGUACCCCUCAUAGCCUUCCCAAUGCUAGGGGACCAGUGGUACAACGCAGAAAAGUAUGUCCACCACGGGAUAGGCCUGAAGCUGGAGUUGGAAAUUAUUACUGAAGAGGUGCUUGAGGAUUCGGUGAAGACAGUUAUUGGAGAUGAAAGUUACCACACAAACCUGGUGCAUCUCCGCAGUCUUAUGCUAGACCAGCCCCAACCCCCCCUCUCCCGAGCCGUGUGGUGGGCGGAGUACACCCUCAGACACGGAGGGGCAAAGCACCUGCGCUCCCCCGCAGCCAACAUCUCCUGGGCUGAGUUUCUCAUGCUCGACGUCUUAGGGGUUAUUUCUGCUGUUGUUGUAGUGCUGUUGGCUAAAGUGGUGGUGGUUGUGAAAUUGGUGCUAAAGUGGAAGCGUAGUAAGGUUAAGCAGAGUUAGGGUAAAUUUUAUAAUUAUGAUUAAAUAAUGACAAAUACUUAUAAAAUAAGUGCAUGAAAUAUGGCCGCCUAUUUAAU